AUGGUUCUGCGUGAUAAUUCUUAUUGUCAUCAUCAUCAUCAUCAUCAUCAUCAUCAUCAUCAUCAUCAUCAUCAUCAUCAUCAUCAUCAUCAUCAUCAUCAUCAUCAUCAUCAUCAUCAUCAUCAUCAUCAUCAUCAUCAUCAUCAUCAUCAUCAUCAUCAUCAUCAUCAUCCAUCAUCAUCAUCAUCAUCAUCAUCAUCAUCAUCAUCAUCAUCAUCAUCAUCAUCAUCAUCAUCAUCAUCAUCAUCAUCAUCAUCAUCAUCAUCAUCAUCAUCAUCAUCAUCAUCAUCAUCAUCAUCAUCAUCAUCAUCAUCAUCAUCAUCAUCAUCAUCAUCAUCAUCAUCAUCAUCAUCAUCAUCAUCAUCAUCAUCAUCAUCAUCAUCAUCAUCAUCAUCAUCAUCAUCAUCAUCAUCAUCAUCAUCAUCAUCAUCAUCAUCAUCAUCAUCAUCAUCAUCAUCAUCAUCAUCAUCAUCAUCAUCAUCAUCAUCAUCAUCAUCAUCAUCAUCAUCAUCAUCAUCAUCAUCAUCAUCAUCAUCAUCAUCAUCAUCAUCAUCAUCAUCAUCAUCAUCAUCAUCAUCAUCAUCAUCAUCAUCAUCAUCAUCAUCAUCAUCAUCAUCAUCAUCAUCAUCAUCAUCAUCAUCAUCAUCAUCAUCAUCAUCAUCAUCAUCAUCAUCAUCAUCAUCAUCAUCAUCAUCAUCAUCAUCAUCAUCAUCAUCAUCAUCAUCAUCAUCAUCAUCAUCAUCAUCAUCAUCAUCAUCAUCAUCAUCAUCAUCAUCAUCAUCAUCAUCAUCAUCAUCAUCAUCAUCAUCAUCAUCAUCAUCAUCAUCAUCAUCAUCAUCAUCAUCAUCAUCAUCAUCAUCAUCAUCAUCAUCAUCAUCAUCAUCAUCAUCAUCAUCAUCAUCAUCAUCAUCAUCAUCAUCAUCAUCAUCAUCAUCAUCAUCAUCAUCAUCAUCAUCAUCAUCAUCAUCAUCAUCAUCAUCAUCAUCAUCAUCAUCAUCAUCAUCAUCAUCAUCAUCAUCAUCAUCAUCAUCAUCAUCAUCAUCAUCAUCAUCAUCAUCAUCAUCAUCAUCAUCAUCAUCAUCAUCAUCAUCAUCAUCAUCAUCAUCAUCAUCAUCAUCAUCAUCAUCAUCAUCAUCAUCAUCAUCAUCAUCAUCAUCAUCAUCAUCAUCAUCAUCAUCAUCAUCAUCAUCAUCAUCAUCAUCAUCAUCAUCAUCAUCAUCAUCAUCAUCAUCAUCAUCAUCAUCAUCAUCAUCAUCAUCAUCAUCAUCAUCAUCAUCAUCAUCAUCAUCAUCAUCAUCAUCAUCAUCAUCAUCAUCAUCAUCAUCAUCAUCAUCAUCAUCAUCAUCAUCAUCAUCAUCAUCAUCAUCAUCAUCAUCAUCAUCAUCAUCAUCAUCAUCAUCAUCAUCAUCAUCAUCAUCAUCAUCAUCAUCAUCAUCAUCAUCAUCAUCAUCAUCAUCAUCAUCAUCAUCAUCAUCAUCAUCAUCAUCAUCAUCAUCAUCAUCAUCAUCAUCAUCAUCAUCAUCAUCAUCAUCAUCAUCAUCAUCAUCAUCAUCAUCAUCAUCAUCAUCAUCAUCAUCAUCAUCAUCAUCAUCAUCAUCAUCAUCAUCAUCAUCAUCAUCAUCAUCAUCAUCAUCAUCAUCAUCAUCAUCAUCAUCAUCAUCAUCAUCAUCAUCAUCAUCAUCAUCAUCAUCAUCAUCAUCAUCAUCAUCAUCAUCAUCAUCAUCAUCAUCAUCAUCAUCAUCAUCUCAUCAUCAUCAUCAUCAUCAUCAUCAUCAUCAUCAUCAUCAUCAUCAUCAUCAUCAUCAUCAUCAUCAUCAUCAUCAUCAUCAUCAUCAUCAUCAUCAUCAUCAUCAUCAUCAUCAUCAUCAUCAUCAUCAUCAUCAUCAUCAUCAUCAUCAUCAUCAUCAUCAUCAUCAUCAUCAUCAUCAUCAUCAUCAUCAUCAUCAUCAUCAUCAUCAUCAUCAUCAUCAUCAUCAUCAUCAUCAUCAUCAUCAUCAUCAUCAUCAUCAUCAUCAUCAUCAUCAUCAUCAUCAUCAUCAUCAUCAUCAUCAUCAUCAUCAUCAUCAUCAUCAUCAUCAUCAUCAUCAUCAUCAUCAUCAUCAUCAUCAUCAUCAUCAUCAUCAUCAUCAUCAUCAUCAUCAUCAUCAUCAUCAUCAUCAUCAUCAUCAUCAUCAUCAUCAUCAUCAUCAUCAUCAUCAUCAUCAUCAUCAUCAUCAUCAUCAUCAUCAUCAUCAUCAUCAUCAUCAUCAUCAUCAUCAUCAUCAUCAUCAUCAUCAUCAUCAUCAUCAUCAUCAUCAUCAUCAUCAUCAUCAUCAUCAUCAUCAUCAUCAUCAUCAUCAUCAUCAUCAUCAUCAUCAUCAUCAUCAUCAUCAUCAUCAUCAUCAUCAUCAUCAUCAUCAUCAUCAUCAUCAUCAUCAUCAUCAUCAUCAUCAUCAUCAUCAUCAUCAUCAUCAUCAUCAUCAUCAUCAUCAUCAUCAUCAUCAUCAUCAUCAUCAUCAUCAUCAUCAUCAUCAUCAUCAUCAUCAUCAUCAUCAUCAUCAUCAUCAUCAUCAUCAUCAUCAUCAUCAUCAAUCUCCUUUCUAA